AUGAGCCGGGCGCUUAUGGACCAUAUCGCCAGUAGUUUCCGAGAAGAUGCUCCUCGACCCCCGGUGCCGGGGGAGGAGGGCGAGGCGCCCUGCUACCCCGGCAAACUCGCAGUGAUGAAACCCGUGGAACCCCCCAAAUCGGUUUUGCUCGGCUCUCCGGGAUCCUCGGCGAGGAGGAACGAGGAUGGUCUUGGGGAGCCAGAGGGGAGUGCCUCCCCGGACUCGCCGCUUUCCCGGUGGACAAAGUCUUUGCACUCUCUCCUCGGGGACCAGGACGGCGCUCUUCUUUUUAGGACAUUCCUGGAGCGAGAGAAAUGUGUCGACACUUUAGACUUUUGGUUUGCCUGCAAUGGCUUUAGGCAAAUGGACCUCAAGGAUACCAAAACGCAGAGAGUCGCCAAAGCAAUUUACAAGCGCUACAUCGAAAACGACAGCAUUGUCGCCAAACAGCUCAAGCCGGCGACUAAAACCUUCAUACGGGAUAAUGUCAAGAAGCAACACAUAGACUCCGCGAUGUUCGACCAGGCGCAGACGGAGAUCCAAACCAACAUGGAGGAGAACGCGUACCAGAUGUUUCUGACCUCUGACAUUUACCUCGAGUACGUGAGGACUGGGGGAGAAAACCCGAAUCACGUCAGCUCGAACGGAUUGGGUGACCUGAAAGUUGUAUGUGGAUACCUGCCCACGCUCAAUGAAGAGGAGGAGUGGAAUUGUGAUUUCAAAGCCAAAGCGCUGGUUGGAUUGUCGGCGAAGGCGCAGAGGACCACCGUGUCCAUGAGGGCGGUGGAGGUGAUGGAAAGAGGAUACAGAUCAUACAAGAGAGGAGACUCGAUCAACCCCUGCCAUGUGGGCUCUUUUGCCCCCGUCAGCAGCACCAAUGACAGCGAGGUUUCCAGUGACGCCUUGACCGACGAUGCCAUGUCUGUGACUGACAGCAGUGUAGAUGGCAUUCCUCCGUAUAAACUGGGCUCAAAGAAACAGAUACAGAGGGAGAUGCAGCGCAACAUGAGGAUGAACAGCCAAGUCUCUCUGCCUGCUUUCCCUCGUACUUGCCGUCCACCCAAGGAGAUGGUCCCAAUGGAGCCGUCGCAGUUUGCAGCUCAGCUCAUCUCCCGCCUGGAGAGCCUGAAGAGAAAGCAGGACACCCUCAGCUCUCUGGAGGAGAAGCUGCAGCAGAUUCAGGAGGAGGAGGAAAAAGAAGACUCCGAGAUCCUAGGAAGUGCUCCCCAGCUCUCUCCCCACCCCUUGACCCUCCUCCCUGGCUCCUCUGACGAGGACCCCCAGGCAAUUCUGGACGAACACCUGUCUCGCGUCCUGAAGACCCCCGGCUGCCAGUCCCCCGCUGUCAUCCGCCACUCGCCUCGCUCCAGCUCCCCAGAGCACAGGCCCAUCAUGCGCACAGGCUUUGGAAUCAAGGCCCUGGUUAGGACAGGGCCCUCCAGUUCUUCUGUCCCUAGUCCUGACCAAGGGGCUAUCACUCGCCUUGGGCCUAACAGGACCUUCGUAAGCAGGCAGAGCACAAAACACAUCCACCACCACUACAUCCACCACCAUGCCAGUCCUAAGACUAAGGAGCAGAUUGAAAGGGAGGCAGCCCUCAGGGUGCAUGGCCUGUGCUCCAGCAGUGCCGAGUGCCAGCCUUACCAGCGCAGCCGCAGCCUGGGCAGGGAGAUGUGUGGGUCGGUCUCAGCAGACAGCAGUGUGGGGCGUUCCAGCUCUCUGUCCAGGCGCAUGUGUCGUUCAGGGGCUGAGGAUGGAGUAGCAGAAAGGUGUGUGGAGGACCUACAGCUGCCCAGUGACACGGCAGAUCCCACCCAGAAUGUGCUGCAGUGGAUCCUGGAAAGUAAACGGCAAGGCAGGCACAAGUCUCACAGUAACCAGAGCACCAAGAAAUCCUUUGGAGGCUCCUCUACGCAGACGCACACGUGGGGUGGUGGUGGAAGCUGUGGCCACCUACGUAGCCACCAGCCAGCCCAACCAUUCAUCCAGGACCCAGCCAUGCCUCCCCUGCCCCCUCCCAACACUUUGGCCCAGCUGGAGGAGGCCUGCCGCCGACUGGAGGAGGUCUCCACCAAGACCACCAAGCAAAGGCAUUCCAUUUCCAGUCUCCAGCAAGAGAAGAGCCACCUCGUUCCUGUCCAGGGUGAAGGGUCCGUCCCUCUGUCUCUAGCCAAUCCCAGCCCUGCUGGCCUCCUCACCACCAGCCCCGGCCUCCAAUCAGAAGAGUUGAAGGAGUGUAAAAAGGGUUUCGGAGGCGAGACGGUGGUGACCUAUUUCUUCUGCGGUGAGGAGAUCCCCUACCGCAGGAACAUGAAGAGCCACAGUCUCACCCUGGGCCACUUUAAGGAGCAGCUCCGCAAGAAGGGCAACUACAGGUACUACUUCAAGAAGGCCAGCGAUGAGUUUGAGUGCGGUGCGGUGUUUGAGGAGGUGUCAGACGACAGCUCCUUACUGCCCACCUACGAGGGCAAGAUCCUGGGCAAGGUGGAAAGGAUGGAGUGAGACCUUCCCAUGUUGUGGAUUAUACAGACGUUUCACACCUCCAUGGAUGUACUCCCUGCAUAUGCUCCAACACACACACACACACACCACAAAAUAUGUCUUUUAAGCUAAGACUAUGACUGGAAAUGUUGUUGAAGGAAUGUCAAAGAGGUUUGGGCAGAUGGACUGGAUGAACGAUGGACAGGAAAAAAAAAAAGGAGGACAAGUUAUCGCUAUUACAGGACUAUCAUAUGGACAACCCGCUUUGAAGUGAAGAAAGUGAAAGACUGUGUGUUGCUGGACUGAAACAUCUUCGUGUUUGCAGAAGAGAAUAAUCUUAAGAGACUCUAGGUGAAUGACCACUCCUCAAAGAAGCGGGCCGGUGGGUUCAAAAGACUGACAGCCUACCUGAGCCUGCCUGCGCUUGCAUCUGCCCACGGGCACUUGCUAGCACACCACUAAUAUGUAUAUGCAGAUAUACAUGUACAUUGCAUUGUAUUGUGAUGCUCGUAUUGCUGUGUAAAGAUUUAUAUUGCUAUUUAUUGGAAAUAUCCCUGCCCUAACUCUAUUAUUCCUCCAUGGACAAGCUGCUUGGAGUUGGAGUAACUUCUCCAAUUUUCCACAUCUGUGAUUUCCCCCCCCCCUUCUGAGCAUCAGUUCUCAAGCAAAGGAAAUGGGUUUUAUGCAUUUUCUGCCCCUCGUAUUGAACUGUAAACUUCAAAAAUACCUCUUCAAAAAACUCCACCUCUGUUCCUGCAGAUUUAGUGGGACAUCAUCUCUGAUCUUUUGGCUGUAGAGCUUACUGCUGAAGCUUUGAGAAUGGCUCUUUAUCACUUAAAAGCUCGAUAAUAUAUUUACUACUGCAGUGCUAUUUGUGGCUGUGUCCCCAUCUGCUCUGAGUGUACUAUGAAAAAAGGAACAAAAAAUGCUAUUCACGUUUAAUUCCCAACUCUGGGACUCUGCCCAGCUAGCCUUGAUCUGUCGCGUCUUAGUGCCUUUGUUUCAGUGGCGCAGGCAUCGCACAAAUAGCCUGUAUUUACUAUGAGGAAACUGCCCUGAACAGGUCCUAGAGUCCCCAAAAUGUGUUUACACCAAUAUUAAUAUUUACCAACAAAAAGCUCUAUAAUGUGCUCCCCAACGUGCUUGCCUAUGUGAUUGUGUGACUGAGUUGCUUUUGAGUAGGGUUACUGUGUGUAUUUGAAACCUGCACUAUGAGCUGCAGAUGAUAACGGUGGUGAUAUACACUAUGUCCAUAGUGUGUUAAUUGAGUACAGUAGCUGUGCCUACAUGGAUUCUUGCCGUGUUUUACCCAAUUUUCAGGGUCCUAUUACUCCCUUGGUUUUUACAAGGGGCCUUAUGUUGAAAAGAUAUUUUUAUGCCUUUUAGUAUCCGUUUCAUCAUGUUUAUGUUUUAUAAUAUUUUUCAUGGCUUCCUUGGCUCCACUUGUAAACUGCAAAUGAUGCGUUCUAUAGAGCUCAGUUAUAAAAGAUGCCUCGGUACUUUAAUUAUUGUAAUUAUGAAGAGAUGUAGCCUUUAUUAAAAUGUUCUAUUUUUCAAAUUA